AUGGAAUACACAUCUUUUCGAGGCGGAGACCGCCUAACAUAUUCGCAAAUGCGACAGAAGCCUCUACCUCGUGAUACCUUCUUUAGCCUCAAGAAUGACUCUCAGCUACUAGAGCGACCAAUCUCAGUAGCAACAGAAUUCGUGGAUACUGACUGGGAGGAAGAGGAUGAGAUCAUUAGUGACGAGGAAGACAACUCCCCUCGCAUAAGCUUGCAAUCGGCUGGGCAGCCUAGUUUCACAACAGUUUCUUCCUAUGAUGAGGUUCCCACGCCAAGGUCGAGUAGAAGCCAGGAAGUUCAUCUUGAGUAUUCCCCGAAGCAAGUUGAAGGUCCUCGAGGACCUCACCUGUUCCGCAACUCGAGUGAUCAAUACUCGUCUACCGAAGAGGACAUCAUUCUGACUUUAUCGCCCAUCACCCCCAAGGGACCACGAAAUAUUGCCGACUUUCUCAUGACAACUCAGCCACCACCUCGAGCAGGUCCCUUCCAGUAUACCGAUGAGGAACUUGACACCACAACUCUGGCAUCAUGGACCACCGAGAUGGUUGCCCAGGCUAUGCUCAACGCUGGCGUUGAGCUGUCUGUGGCAGACCGGUUUAUGGAGAAUGAUAUCAGUGGGGCGAUUUUGAUCACAUUGAAGUUUGAAGAUCUUAAGGAGCUCAACAUCCAAUCUUUUGGUAUCAGGACCAAGGUCUGGCAUCAAAUCCAGGCAUUGAGAGACAGCCGGCCCGCCUCACCUCGGCCAGGAACACCCAUUGAGGAUGUACCAAGCAGAGAUGUUGUGAGAGAGGUGCGAAGAGGGGAUGACAACGGGCUUCGACAUCGCCAGAGCAGCAAGCGAAGGCACCGAGCAAGAACAAACGGAGAUGACAUUACACCCAUGGAGUCUGUCUCUAUCAUCGGCAUCGAACAGGUCAUUCCCAAGCCUCAUAACUGUUCCAAGGGAGAGAACUGCUCCAAGUUCAGGAAACAACAGCAACUCAUCAAGGCUUUCAAGAAAGAAUAUCCUCAUGUAGAUAUCAACGCCACAGGCACAGUCAUGGUCGGUGAUGCUGGCAAUCCCGAGACAGCCAAGGCAUUGGAUCCCAACAAGGUGCGCCCUGUGUCAGAUGCCGUACCUUCAGUUGUCGCAUCCUCAGAUGUCAUGGGUCCUGGUAUGCCUCCUCUCCAAUACCUCUACGAGGCAUCUCUCCGUGGCGUUCAAUCCCGAGAUCCUCAAGACAACGUGAGGCAAUUCCUCAGUUUCCAGCACCAACACCAACAUGUGGGAGAGUGUAGUGAAGAGGUGCCUCCCACGCCUCCUUUUGAUGGAAUGCCAAACGCACAGGCCCAGCUUCCUCAUCAAGGCCUUCGCCGACUGCCUAAGCUCUCUAUCCCUGGGAAGCCUCAGCUUCCACCUUCGCGUCUGGGUGCCUCUUCUGUACCCCCACCACAAAAGAAGCAGGUACAGCAUCAGUCAUUUGCGCAACACCAGCAGCAACAACAACAACAACAACAACAACUACAACAACAGCAACAAAAGCAACAACCUACCUUUGUACCUUACCAGAUGGAAAGGACCAGCCCUCGAUCUCCCGAUCUGGAAGUGACACCCAGGAACAGCUUUCGUCACGGUACACCUUUUUCAGAACUCGAUGUUCCUGUUACAGCUGUACCUAUUGGCCCUGUUGCCCGAGACUUCUCUCAAUCUGUUCCUCCUGACAUGAACUACCGCACAUCCCCCACCAACAAUGUUUCACCUCCUCGUUGCCAAUCUCGCACCUCAGCCCGCCGCCCAUCUUUCCCUGUGAUGCCAGCUCUGGAGGAGAACAAGCCCAUCUUCUCCAGCCGCCCUGCCCAAGGAUCCUCGUCACCUAAGUCACCACGAGGCUCCCGAGCCCAGCAGCCCCUUCAGCCACCUCCUCGUGAUAACCUACCCUUCUCUCGUGGUCAUCUCAACGGAUCUGAGAAAGUCUUGGUACCAUCUAUUACUCCUCUUGGUGCUAAAGGCAAGUCUCCCUCCGCUGAUCCUGCCAACGGCAUCAGCCAUCAAGGUCCCAUGAAGAAGCGAAAGACCAAGAUGCUUCGACACGAGUGGCAGGAUGGCUACUUCACUAUCAAGGGCACUCGUCUCAACAUGCACAAAGACUCCGAAGAGCUGGACCGAACUCUUGAAUAUGUGGACAUUGAUGACUACGCUAUUGCAUGCUCGAGUGUUGCAUCUUCUUCCAAGCUCACUGCUGCCUUUAAGACAAUGCAUCUUUCUCGUGGCAGCCACAGCCGCGAGAAGAGUGAUCCUGUAGGAGCAUUUGCUUUCCAACUCAUUCCACAGGACAAGAACACUGCCCGACUUCGCAAGCGUGAGAGUCACAUUCAGCCUGCUGGCGCCAUUCCUGUUGAAGGUGUCAAUGGCACAGGCAAGACACACCAUUUUGCUGUGAAGAACCGAGAUGACCGCAUCGAUUGGAUGCGUGAGCUCAUGCUCGCAAAGGCCUUGAGGCAGAAGGGCGAAGGCUUCGAGAUUAGUGUUAACGGUAACAUGAUCUAA